GUUUGAUAAAUUUAACGGUGCAAGGAGAAUGAUAAUGAAAGAGUUAAAAAUGAGAAUUUUAAAGAUUGAGUAUGCUAUGUUUACAGGGUAUGCUGCUUAUCUUUCAAGUUUGAAUCCUGAAAACAAAGUACAAGUGGUUUUUGAACAUCCUGAUGAUUCUCCUGUUUUCAGUGGAAAAACAGUUGGGGCGGAUGGCUACGUCUUGAAAGGAGUGUGUACAGGAAUUCUGUUGUCUGCAGUCGACCGUCAUGGCAAUAAUCAAAUGUAGGCAGUUGUUGAGACGGAAUCAAAUUCAUCAUGGGAAUGGUUUUUUGGGUUGUUGAGGACUGACUAGGAAUUGAGCAGUGGCAAAGUUUUCCCAUCAAUCUCGGAUCAACGUGUGGUAAGGACCUUCAGUUUGUCAUUUUAUGCUGUUUUUUGGUCAAUGGUCAAUAAAUAUUUUGAGUCU